CGAAAAUCUCCUUAAACAAAUAAUAAAUAAUGAAAUCAUUCAUCUCUAUCUUAAUACAGUAUACAGUAUAUUACUGUACUGUGCAUAUACAGUACAUACAUACGUACAGUACAACAAAUAUUGUAUAUAUAUACUAUAUACUUGUAUGUACUAUACAUAUAUCAAAAUAUUAUAAUAACAUAUUAUUAUAUACUGUAUAAAGAAUGCAAAUUUCAAUAUCUUUGAUUCAAAGUCGUUCCUUCCUCUUAUGAUUAAUUAAUUAAACUUCGGUGUAUCCCUUUAAAAUGUUACACGAAUUUAAUUUAGGGGUCUAUAAAAAAAUUCUUUUUCUUGCAGAUAAUCAAUAAGUAACAUUAUAUUGUUUGCAUGAAUGAAUGACUUUUCUGAUCAGGACCCUUAACAUCAUCAUCUUGCAUUUUUGUUAUAGGUUUAAUGAAAAAACUUGUAAAAAAUUGUAGAAAAGAAAAAAUUUUUU